ACAAAAGCACACAAGAGCAGAUAAAUUGCAAAAUGGAUGUAAUACAAAGUUAUAUACUGUACACUAUUUACAUCAGUGUACAUGUUGAUCAAGCCACAUGUUUAUUGCACGGUUUAUUGCAUGGUUAAUUGGGAUUUUCUGAGUAGUUUUUGUGAUGUAGUUCAAUUUCUAGUAAAGGUGUGAUAGUGAUUAUUUCAAAUAUAAUUGGGGUGAAGGGGUUACAUUAGAAUAAACUGGGAGUCAGCCAGCCUCGGGAACCUAUUGUGAUCAAAUUUGGAGGUUCCACUGUACUUUUCUUCCCUGUUUUGCUGAAAUCAAUCAUGACAAAGCACACACUAUCACAGAUCAACAAUUUGGAUUUUCAUUCUCUCUUGCUAGUUCAAUUUUCUGUUCUGUCGCCAUCAUCUCCAAAAGGAUGUCCUUAUUUUUCCACAUGGCAGAGCUUCUGAUUGUCUCCUGUUGCUCUUCACAUGUGAGAGAACACACUUAAGUCACACUUUUAGUCAAGAUUGAUGGAGCCAACCCCAAAGGUUGUUCCUCCAGGGAAGCGUGAGCAAACAUGGGGGGGGAGGAAGCAGACCUCACCUGUUCCCUUAUGAGGAGUUGAGUGAUGGAGGUUAUGUGGGUCCUUCUCGGCUCUACCUUCCCUCCCUCCCUCCCUCCCCCGUUUCCUCCCUCCCUACCUAUCUUCCCUUGGUCUCUCUCGCUCAGUGAGUCCUCUUCACUGUGGGCUGCAGAAAGAACCUUUAUUGCUACAAUUUGGGGGGUUUUGUUGCUCAUCAGAAUACAAAAGCAAGAUAUUUUUGCAUAACCCAAGCUUUCAAAAAAGGACUUGAACUUGAACAUAUGUUUCAUUUCUAACAGCAGCUCGGUGAGCAUGGACAUCCUAAUGAAAGCAGACUUCACAGUGAGCGACAACACGAGCCGCCAGGAAGAAGCUGACAGACUGGAAGGAAGCCAAAGCCAAGCACUCAACCAUAGCGACCCGUUGGACAUGUUCGUCGGCAUGGAGCUUCUCCUUCAAUUCAAACCUCUCUUCAUGCCUCUCUACUGCCUCGUAGUGGUCAUCGCCAGCGUGGGGAACUCCUCCUUGUUGACUUGCAUCCUGCUGGAUAAGAAACUCCACAAUGCCACCAACUUUUUCAUCGGUAACUUGGCGGCCGGAGACCUGCUGAUGUGUUUGAGCUGCGUUCCGCUGACCAUGUCCUAUGCCUUCGAUAGCCACGGAUGGGCAUUUGGGAGACCGCUGUGUCACUUGGUGCCUUUGCUGCAGUGUGCUACUGUCUUUGUAUCUGUGCUCUCCCUUACAGCUAUCGCUGUGGAUCGAUACAUCGUCUUAGCUCACCCAGUGCGGAGGAGGAUCUCGUUGGGGGGUUGUGGCGCCGUGGCUUUGGCUGUGUGGCUUUUGUCUCUGGCCUUGGCGGCACCUGCGUCCUUCUACACACGCUACCUCGACUUGCGACCCAGCGGCAUCGACCUGGUGGUGUGCGACGAGUUCUGGCCCGAGAACGACAACCUGCGACUGUUCUACUCCUGCUUCAUUCUCAUCACCUCUUACAUGAUCCCACUGCUGUCCGUCAGCAUCUCCUACUGCGCCAUCAGCCUCAGCCUCAAACGCUAUUCAGUACCUGGGGAGCGGAGCGGCGGGAAACAGCACUGGAAGCAAAAGCGGAAAAGGACCUUCUCUCUGUUGGUGGCCUCGGUGCUGGCCUUUGCUCUCUGCUGGCUGCCUUUGCAGGUGCUCAACCUCUUACUGGACUUGGAUCCAGACUGUGACAUCAUAGGCAAGCGCUACAUAAACGUCCUGCAAGUCUGCUGUCACUUGGUGGCCAUGAGCUCUGCGUGUUACAACCCCUUCAUCUACGCGUCGCUGCACAGCAAGGUACGCAUGCACCUGAGGGGCUACCUGUGUCCUUGUCCCAAUCAGAGGAUGGUGCAGAGGUCCUUGUCCCGCAGCUGAUCUCCAUGACGGAGAGGCAAGGCCUGAAAUAGUCACAUAUUUUUUUGUCUCCUGUGUUAUUUAUUUGGUGAUCAUCCAGAAAGGAUCCACACAAGGAUGGUUUAUGAAAAGAGUAGUGGACUGAAGACAGGACUUAUAAUAGAUGAUAGAACACUGAUCCUGACAUACAGUAGAUCCCCGUGAUUCACAAUACCUGUGAAUAGCGCCCAUAAAAAUGCCUAUUUUUGACACACAGAUCGCUCCGCUCCUCCCUUUCCAAACCCUCCUGCUAGCUUGGCAUUGGCAUUCUCCUUUGAUUUCUGAUCAACAUUUGAAUAAAAAUAAAGGUGUUGUAAUAAUGAACUCCCCAUUUCCCUUCCAUUGAAAGAAUGUAGAAGUUACAUGGCUGUAGGGUGCCAUCACGGAAUAAAUGAAAUUGAGGAGGAGGACUGCAACAAUCUGUUUUAAUAAGGAUACAAAAGUGCUACAGCAAGGCGGAAUAGCGCCAGCGCGAAUGGCACUGUCAGGGAGUGAAAUACACCUUUGAUUCAUUCAUUUUCUACCGCUUAUCCUCACGAGGCGAGGUACACCCUUGACUGGUGGCCAGCCAAUCACAGGGCAUAUAUAAACAACCAUUCACACUCACAUUCACACUCACACUCACAUUCAUACCUACAGACAAUUAACCUAGCAUGUUUUUGGAAUGUGGGAGGAAACCGGAGUACCAGGAGAAAACCCACGCAUGCACAGGGAGAACAUGCAAACUCCACACAGAGAUGGCCGAGGGUGGAAUUGAACCCAGGUCUGCGCGUUAACCACACAGCCCCCGAAAUACACCUGAGUCACUUAAUAAUUCUGAGGAAAAUUUUGGAGGAAAAAGUACAUUUUAAAGAAAUAUAUAAAGUUGUUGAAUGGCAAAUAUGCGGGGAUCCACUGUAUCGUCGCUUCUCCUUUGCCUGAUGCAGCAGAAGGAAAUUCCUGUAAGCUCCAGUGGUCUAAUAUGUUGGACGAACUUGUAAAUGCUUGCCUUCAAAGUACUGAGCGUGCAGUGAGCUGACUCCACAUGAAACACAGUCAUGUGCAGGACUGUGUUUGUGUCCCAUGAUAUAGUAUAUUAUAUAUCACCAUCUUUUUUCCUGAACUCUUGCUGUACAAUAUGCCAUGUUUGUGUUGACCUUUAUGGAAGAUAUGGAGUAUCCGCACAAACAAAAGUUAUUCUCUUCAUUUUGAUUUUUGAUUGUCCCAUUUUAACAAUGUUACAACACACAUCUUUUCAACUCAAAGAUGAGAUAGAUUGUUAUUCAUUGUAAUGUGCUCAUAAAUACAGCUUUAAGGUAAAAAAUAUGACCUUUUCUUUAUCAACUUUUAAACCAUAUUUUGGUUCAUUUUCUUGGGUUGAUAUCCAAAUUCAACAAGAGUUGAAGUGUCCUUGAUUUGACUUUGCCUGUGGUUCCUUACUCUGGUUGACUCUACCUUGUUGUGUAAGCAUACCAGGUCAAUAAAGCUGAUUCUGAUUCUGGUGUGGAUCCAAAAUGUUUACUUAAUACACUCUUUGGUUCCAAAGGUGUUCUCCAAACCUGCAGAGAUCUUUCCAAAGAUCUUCUAUUCUACCUGUAUGUAUAUUGGUUUGUAUAGGUUAUUGGGGAAUGGUGAUGAUGAAAUGAAUUUGGAUAACAUUUGGUAUUUUCUUGAUUGAUUUAACUGGGGA